CCUGCCACAACCGGAGCGGCAGGCUGGCCGAGGCAAAGUUUGCGGGCUUGGCGACCGCGCGCACCUCUUCUGACUGCGAUGGGGACCCAGGCGGGGCUCGGGCUGCUGCUGCUGCUGCUGCUGCUGCUCCAGGGUGAAAAGGGGCUCAGCAAGGAUGGGGCAGGGGCCUCUUGCCGGCCAGGAUUCAGCUCGGAGGCCUACGUGUUCCAGGUGCCCAGGCGAGACUUGGAGAGGGGCCGGAUGUUGGGCAGAGUGGACUUCAAGGGCUGCGCAGGGAGAAGCCCAGGAGCCUUCUUUUCCCAGGACACACGCUUCAAGUUGCAUCCAGAUGGCACAGUUGUGGUGAAACGGCCCCUGCAUCUCCACAAGCAGGAACUGAGCUUCCUUGUGCACACGUGGGACCUGGGAGGCAGGAAACAUGCAGCCAGAGUGACCCUGAAGCUCCAGCACCAUAGCCAUCACUGGCUGCUUCCUCAUGGGGAGACCCAUCCAUCUGCUCAGGCAGACGUGCUGUAUUUUCGAAGGUCUUCACCUGGCCUGAGGCGGCAAAAGAGAGACUGGGUCAUCCCUCCGAUUCUUUGCUCUGAGAAUGAGAGGGGCCCUUUCCCCAAAAACCUGGUGCUGAUCAAGUCCAGCAAAGAAAAAGAGAGCACCGUCUACUACAGCAUCACUGGGGAGGGGGCUGACAGGCCUCCAGUUGGCACCUUCAUCAUCGAGAGGGAAACCGGCCAGCUGAAGGUGACUCGCCCGCUGGACAGGGAGAAGAUUCCCCGCUACCAGCUCUUUUGCCACGCGGUGUUAGCCAACGGCCAAACAGCAGAGGAGCCCAUGGAGGUGAUCAUCAAUGUUGUUGACCAGAAUGACAACCGUCCACUGUUCACAAAGAGCGUCUUCGAAGGGUCCGUGGAAGAGGGAGCCAAACCAGGAACCUCUGUGAUGACUGUGACAGCCACGGAUGCAGACGAUGCUGUAGACUCUUAUAAUGGGGUCAUCACUUACUCCAUCCUCAGCCAGGAACCUGAGCCGGAAAAACAGAUGUUUACCAUCAAUAACGAAACCGGCCUGAUCAGCGUGGUUGUCUCAGGUCUGGACCGAGAGAGAAUCCCAAAGUACACCCUGCUUCUACAAGCAACUGACAUGCUGGGAGUAGGCUUAAGCACCACCGGGAAGGCUGUGAUUACCAUCACCGACGCCAACGAUAACCCGCCAGUCUUCGACCCCAUCAUGUACGAUGUGAUUGUGCCGGAGAAUGAGGUGGGGGCUCCGGUUGCCAUCCUGAAGGUCAAAGAUGCGGAUGAAGAGAACAGCUUAGCUUGGAAAGCAAAGUACAGCAUUGUGAAAGGGAAUGAGGAGGCUAACUUUGCAGUCACUACUGACCCGGACACCAACAAUGGUCUUUUGACUACGGCAAAGGAACUGGAUUAUGAGACUAAAAAGCAGUAUAUUCUUGAAGUGAUUGCAGUGAAUGAGGUUGACUUCUCAGUCCGUCUCCCAACGUCCACGGCCACCGUCAUUGUCAAUGUGAGCGAUAAAAACGAGCCCCCGGUCUUCAUUCCCCCGGAACUAAAGGUGUCAAAGCCCGAAGAUCUUCCCAUUGGAAAACCAAUAGCUGAGUACACAGCCCAGGAUCCUGACAGGUUCCUGGAGCAAACCCUCAGAUACUCAGUGAGGAGUGACCCAGCUGGCUGGCUGAAAAUUAACCCCGAAACUGGCCUGAUUGAGUCAAAAGCCCUCCUAGACCGAGAGUCAGAUUUUGUGAAGGAUAAUAUCUACAAAGCCAUCAUUGUGGCAAGCGACAAUGCGAACGAGCCGGCCACCGGCACAGGGACUCUACUUUUGCAUCUGGAGGAUGUGAAUGACAACUGGCCGGAACCAGAUCCCCGAAUGUUUGACAUCUGCAGCCGCAAUCCAGAGCCCCAGGUGUUAAGCAUUGUAGACAAGGAUAUCCCUCCCAACACCAGCCCCUUCCUCGCAAAGCUGGAAUUUGACUCCAGUGCCAAUUGGACAGUCGAGACCAACCAAGACAGUCUGACCCUUAACCUGGUCAAGCAGCUGGAGCCUGGGGAAUACAACAUCGCCCUCAAGCUGACUGAUGGCCAGGGGCUCUCUCACAUCACCACGGUCAAAGCCAUUGUCUGCAACUGUGACGGGUCAGCCAAAAACUGCGACCGAAAGGCGUUUCUGCCAGCAGCAAUAGAGACCUCUGCCAUUCUGGGCAUCCUUGGGGGCAUCCUUGCCCUUCUGAUCCUGCUGCUGCUGCUGCUGCUGUUCGUGAGGAGGAGAAGGCAGGUGAAGGAGCCGCUGCUUCUCCCCGAGGACGACACCAGGGACAACGUCUACUACUACGAUGAAGAAGGCGGAGGGGAAGAGGACCAGGAUUACGAUCUGAGCCAGUUGCAUCGAGGCCUGGAUGCCCGGCCUGAAAUCACCCGGAAUGACGUUGCUCCAACCCUCAUGCCAGCCCCGCAGUACCGUCCACGCCCUGCCAAUCCCGACGAGAUAGGCAAUUUCAUCGACGAGAACCUGAAGGCAGCAGACACGGACCCCACUGCUCCCCCCUAUGACUCUCUGCUGGUGUUUGAUUAUGAAGGCAACGGCUCAGAGGCCACCUCCCUCAGUUCCCUCAACUCCUCCUAUGGAGACCAGGACCAAGAUUAUGAUUACUUGAAUGACUGGGGAAACCGUUUCAAGAAGCUGGCUGACAUGUACGGAGGGGGCGAGGAAGAGGACUAAGUGUGACUGGAGUUGGGGGCUGGAGGGUGGGGGACAGAAGACUAGAAGGGAGAGAGAAUAGAGGUGACUCUUGCCAACUUUUCCAUAAUUUACCAAAACAUACCCAAGAGAUCCUCCUUGAAGAAGAUUCUGACAAUCUCAGCUCUGUGGGAUAAUUAUAAUCAGUAUGGUCUUGUUGAGGCUGAUUCAACGCAACAUGGAGUUUCUUUCUCAAAGGCUGGACACCCUCAGGGGGAAAAGGCUUCUCCAGGAAAGAGAAAAGUAUCUGGAUUCUGGAAGGACAGGAAGACCCUCUGGUGCUUGGUCUUGUAUCCAGGAAGUUUCACCUGAGUGUUUCUACUCUGUCUUCUUAUUCAUCUGUCCUCUUGUUUGCUUAAGAAGAACAUCGGGCUUCUUGGUGCAAAAUUGUAAUGCAUCUUGUAGAAUAUGAGGAAAAAUAUGCAAGAAAAAUAUUUUUGUGAGGCAGAGGAUAAAACACAGCUGAUACUAUGGUCACGUAAUAGGACAGUGAUUCCUAUUGAUGGCCCCGUUGAGAGGUGAGGGCUUCUGCCUGCACAGAUAAAAAUCUCCCAGUCUGGAUACGGUGGCUAAUUAUUGGAACUUUCUCUAGGAAGAGCUCUCCAAGCAUGGUUUUUCCCUGACCAAAAAUAUUUCUGGUGAUUCUGCUCAUACGUUGCAUUUGGUUUCCCACCCUUGGCUUUUACUUUUCAAAGGCAGGCUUGUGGGAGUGAUGGGGAGUCUCUCUCAGAAGAGAGGCAGGAUUUUUGAUUUUUUUGCCACUGUUAACCAACAUGGCUCUCCUCCUGGAUGAAUCUAUUUAGGAUCCUUAAAUCAACUUGUCCAAAGUGCCUUUGCUUUCACACAAUGCUCCUGCCCGACCUUUGCCUCUCAGAUGCCCAGAGUCCAAUCUGUAUCGGGUAAGGCAUCUGCAAAACCAUCCUGCACGAUCUCUUAUUGUGGCUUGAAAGGCCUGGUUUAUGGCUUGGAUGAUGUCUGUCCACUGCUUUUUAAAUUAGCAAACCUGGCUUUAGCACAAGAUGUUACUCCCUGGUGCCUUCUCAUAAAGUGCUGAACAGGUGGAAGCAGUUGCCUUCCCAGGCCAACCCCUCCCUGCCCCUUUAGGCUUUUGGGCCAGAGGGGAGCUCAGCGGUGGCCCAAAGCCUGGCACGAGCUCUUCCGCCUUGGGCCUUCGUCUGGGGACUAGGCUACACGGUCUCCUGUGCAGGGCCUUAUAAAAUACAGCCGUACAAGAUGGCGUUUGUCUACCAAGUAAUCCAUAUUAAUUAGAACCGUUUCUUCUGCCAAGGUGCCACUUGUUUCCUGUGGUUUGUUUCCCACUCCUUAGCCCUGAUGGUAUAAUUACGGCCCAAUUGAUGGGCACCUUUUGGAAAAUGGCUUUCUAAUUUUAGAUCUGUGUUAAGCUAUCAUUUUUGGAUAUAUAUUGUGGAAAGAUUACAGAGAUGCACAUUUUUUAAAAUUAUUUUAUUGCACAGAUGCUUUUAAAAAAUAAUAAACUUUAUUGUUUAAAAAGUA